GUCGCCGUUCCUCCUCUUUUUCAAGCGAAGCCUCCGAUGACGCCGUUCCGCUCCGCUCCGCGCCCCGGAAGAGCUGAGGCGCGCCCCGCCUCUUGAUCCGGAAGCGACUCGCCGCUCCUCUAUCCGAGACAGCCCCGGAAGGAGGAGAAAUGCAAGAGGAAGGAGAGUGAGAGGGUGAUGACCUGCAAAGAAGUAUAAGUCCAGCACGUUAAGUAUGUGAUUCUGUGAAGUACUCUGAGAGCUAAACUUCAGAUUCCUUGUCCCUUGAGGGUACGUUGACAUCUAUCUGAUACUAGACUGGUGAAUGGGAAGAAGGUCCCAUCUCUGGCCUGUUUAUGGAAGCUGGGAUGAUGAAGGCACUGCAGUGGGAACAUGCUGUGGUACAGGGUUGAAGCUCCAGCCCAUAUGUGGUAGUUAUAGAGCAAUUGGAAGGGUUACGUGCAGAGUUCUGGUAAAGAUGGAAGAAUCUCAUUUCAACUCCUCCCCGUACUUCUGGCCAGCGGUGCCCACCGUCUCGGGACAGAUUGAGAACACCAUGUUUAUUAACAAGAUGAAGGAGCAGCUAUUGCCCACAGAGAAGGGCUGCAGCCUGGCUCCCCCCCACUACCCUGCCUUGCUGACAGUACCCACCUCUGUGGCUCUACCCACUGGUAUCUCCAUGGACUCGGACACCAAGCCAGAGCAGCUGACACCACACAGCCAAGCCCCUGUGACUCAGAACAUCACUGUGGUACCAGUGCAGUCUGCAGGGCUCAUGACAGCAGGUCCUGGUCUGGUGAUAACCUCCCCAUCAGGUUCCCUGGUGACCACAGCUUCCUCUGCCCAAACCUUUCCCAUCUCAGCCCCCAUGAUUGUGUCUGCACUACCCCCUGGCUCCCAGGCAGCCCUCCAGGUGGUGCCUGAUUUGUCCAAGAAAGGGACAACCACCCUCUCUGAAGGUGGUGGGGGUGGUGGGGGUGGGGGAGUUGCCCCCAAACCACCCCGGGGCCGAAAGAAGAAACGAUUGCAGGAGUCGGGGCUGCCAGAGAUGAGCGACCCCUUUGUGCUGUCAAACGAGGAUGAUGAGGACCAGCACAAGGAUGGCAAGACAUACAGUAGUUCCGUGAGCAGCGGAACUAAUGAAGCCUGGUUUCCAGCGGCUCUCUCCUGUGUGGAUUCUCUGAUGUCUAAUCAAGGGUGCCGGAUGUGUUCGCUGACCUUCUACUCCAAGUCGGAGAUGCAGAUCCACUCCAAGUCCCAUACGGAGACAAAGCCACACAAGUGUCCUCACUGCUCCAAGAGCUUCGCCAACAGCUCCUACCUGGCCCAGCACAUUCGCAUCCACUCAGGGGCCAAGCCCUACACGUGCAGCUACUGCCAGAAGGCCUUCCGCCAGCUCUCCCACCUGCAGCAGCACACACGGAUCCACUCCAAGCUCCACACGGCGAUUGUCAAGCCACACAAGUGUCCUCACUGCUCCAAGAGCUUCGCCAACACAUCCUACCUGGCCCAGCACCUCCGCAUCCACUCGGGGGCCAAGCCCUACACCUGCCGCUACUGCCAGAAGGCCUUCCGCCAGCUCUCCCACCUGCAGCAGCACACACGUAUCCACACCGGGGACCGACCCUACAAAUGCGCUCACCCUGGGUGUGAAAAGGCUUUCACCCAGCUUUCUAACCUGCAGUCCCACAGACGGCAGCACAACAAAGACAAACCUUUCAAGUGCCACAACUGCCACCGCGCGUACACGGAUGCUGCCUCGUUGGAGGUACACCUGGCUACACACACGGUGAAACACGCCAAGGUCUAUACCUGCUCCAUCUGCAGCCGAGCCUACACCUCGGAGACGUACCUGAUGAAGCACAUGCGGAAACACAACAUCCCCGACCCGCAGCAGCAAGUGGUUCAGGCCCAAUCCCAGGCCUCGCAGCAGCAGCAGCAGCAGCAGCAGCACUUCCAGCCCCAGGGGGGUGGGGCAGCAGGGGGCCCUUCUGGAGACACUAACCAACCCAACCCUCCCCCCCAGUGCUCCUUUGACCUGACUCCUUACAAGACUUCAGAGCAUCACAAGGACAUCUGCCUCACUGUCAGCACCAGCGCCAUCCAAGUGGAACACCUCUCCAGCUCCUAGAGAGACCUCGACCCAGGGAGCAGAAAGCCUCUUGUGCAUAGCCUGUGCCCAAGGGCACUGCUUGUGCAGCAGCCCUCCUUGUGCAACAGUCUCUGGCCUCUCCUCCUGCAACAGCCUCUUCUGGCCGUGUAACCCUGUUCAUGGCAGCCCCUUGAAGAACAGCCUAUCUCAAGGGGGUGCUCCUUCUGUGCAACAGACUGCCUGGUAGGAGGAUGCUUCCUUGUGCAAGAGCCCCUUUCCUGUGCUGGGAUCACUUCCUCAUGCAAGAGCCCCUCCUUUCAAACCCAAAGAAAAGGCCCCUGUUUUGCCUUCUCUCUCACUGUAGGAUGUGUAUGAAGGGGGGGUGCCUGUUGAGACAUGCAUGGUGGAUGGGAUGGAGAGAGGGUCCUUGUAUGUACAGGGGCUCGGACACAUGUUUUCCACAGGCCAUAGAAGAAUGUGGCAGGGUUCACAGCUGGAUGGGUUUUUUUGAGGAUUUCCUUGAGUGUCUAAGAGAGAAAUAUCCAUUCCUGUCCCUCCUGCUUGUGAAAGGGAGGAGGGGUUGCUUGUCGUGCCCCGAGGACUGGAUGGGAGAAACCUUCUCCCCAGGGGAAGGUGAGAUGGGGAGGGGGAGAUAUAAGGCGUGUUCUCCGGACCUGACAGGUGCCUAAACUGCCCGAGGGCUGUGGAGUAUUGCACUCUUUCUCCUCCCCUCGUGGAGAGCAAUAGAGAGGAGUCUGUCUGAACUGGCUGCUCCCUCUCUCCCAGCUGUCUGAGCAGCACAAUGGCCAAGGCUCUGUAGGAGUGGGUUCCUGCUCAUUGCUCUUCCUGCCCAUUGUGGAUGAUGUACUAGCAGCCUGUACUCCUCUCCCUCCUUCUUGCCCUCACCUCCUCAAAAGAGCCUGCAGGCAUCAACAACAAACCAAAAAGCAACUGGAGGGAGGGUAAGAGACUGCCAAAAUAAUCAUCACCCUUCUCUCUACUCCCUUCCCUGAAAGGUGGAACAUCAGUUCUGACUGUGGCACACCUGUCCUGCCCCCAGUUUCCCAAAGGGGAGGAGAAGGAGGAGGAGGAAUAGACCAGUCUUUUCAAGGAGUCAACAAGAGGCAGGGAAAGGCUAGCUUCUCCUGCUCGCCUCCCAUCAGAAUGCUCUCCCAGGUUCCCUCCUGCCAAGACGGGCUGGACUCACGUGGCAGUGGUGGCCUCUUCUGGACCCUGAUCAUGGGAGAGAAUCCCCAAAAGGUGGACAGUGGAGAGAAGGGGAUGAAGAUCCCCACAGAGAGACCAAUCUAAUGAGAAGGGGGAGCCAACAAGAAUAAACUGAAGGCCCCUUGAAUUUAUAUAUAUAUAUAUAUAUAAAUAUCUAUUCCCCACCCUGGCCCACUCUGUCCUUGCUGUAACUGUUUCUAUCUCUGUGUUUAUAAAACGCAUAAUCCUGGCGAAUUUUUAUUUUCAAUCUUCGUUUGUUUUUCCCUCUCUCUUCGUCUUCAAUUCUCCUUCCUUUUUUUUUUUUGGUCCACAUGACUACUGGUCUUGUGUCACUUGUUAGUUUAUUUGGAUCAUGGAGGCUGACUCAGAAGAGAAUGAGAAGACAAGGGAAAAAGCAUGUGUUGUUGGGAUUUAAAAACAAUCACCCACCCAAAGCCUACAGAAUCCCAAACUUCUGUAUGAACAAACAAUAGGGGCUUUUUUUCACCACCUUGUAUAGAAAUAAAUUGGUGUAAAAGGC